UACCUAUUUCAACCUUUUCCUUCUUUCCCCUCCACACCAAUUUAGGUCGGUUUUUACGCUGCCCACCUGGUAGACAACGGACUGACCAUGGACAAGAGGGCCGCUCGGGUCAAGGUCGGACACCAAGGUCAAGGCAUCCUCACACAGCUGUCAAACGUCAUUGACCGAGAAGUAGGACAGCUGGGCACAGUGAGGUGGGAGGUUAUAUCCACCACAGCUCAAACCGCUCACAGACUCCACCGCAAUGGCUUCUUACAGGAGAAGGGGUUCCGGGAGAUUAUGACAUUUGAAGUUUACCAAGUGGAUGUUUUGACCAGCGAGCUUCCACAACCAGACAAAAAGCGGUUUAGUAGUAUCCAAGAGCUAUCUCCACAGGACCUGGAAGCCUUCUUUGAGGACAAAGCCUCCUGGCAGCGAGUGAUGACGUCAGACAGAAUGUACACACACUACUCACCACUACGUAACGUCAAACAAAACAUCAGCAAACUCAUCAAUGCCAGAUCCUCUGUUUUUGCGUCAGCCUACACCGCAGAUGACGUCACUCUUGGUGAUAGUGACGAUGCACUGACGUCAUCUUGUGUCAAUCUGGCGACAUGUGACGUCAGAAUGUUGACGCCAACAGUCCGUUGGAAGGCCAGGAGAGGUUUGGUCUAUCACAUGGAUAUCUACGCUUCAGAUUUUACAGAUCUGGAGUCUCACAUUCACUGUCACAUCGACCGGAUUAAACAGUCGGGCAACGAGAGAGUGUGUCUUUCUUUGUGUUUUGAAAGUCGGUACACAGGACAGAUCUCGCACAGAAUAGCGACAUGUCUACGGGAGUACGGCAUAGAGAGACUGACACAGAACCCAGGCAUGUCGCAUAUCCAUACUUUCCAGAGGGAAUUUACGACUAGAUCAAACUAGGGGA